CAAGAAGCCUCUCUGAGAAGAAGGGGUGAAGAAGAGCCGCUGUUAAACAUUAAGGUUUUGCCUUUUAGAGAGCCAGAGCUGAGGAUGAAGGCGCAGAUCCAAAAAGUUCCUCAGAUCGUUGAGCUGCUGAGGAAGAAGACGGUGGGGCUGCAGCACUUCAAGCCAACAUCCUCUGUGUGCGUCCUGGAGCAAAAGGAUGCUGAGGCUGCGCCGUGCCCUCACGCCGCCUCUAGGGCGCACAGUUUGGACGCGAUGCCGGGACCCACCAACUGGCCCCUGGUCGGCAGUCUGGUGGAGCUCCUGUGCAAAGGAGGGCUCACAAGACAACACGAAGCACUGGUUGAUUAUCAUAAAAAGUUCGGCAAGAUUUUCCGGAUGAAGCUGGGCUCCUUUGAGUCGGUGCACAUUGGCGCUCCUUGCUUGCUGGAGGCGCUCUACAGGAAGGAGAGCAACUACCCUCAGAGGCUGGAGAUCAAACCCUGGAAAGCUUACAGAGAUCUGAGGAACGAGGCGUACGGGUUCCUCAACCUGGAAGGCAAAGACUGGCAGAGAGUCAGGAGCGUGUUUCAGCAGAAACUCAUGAAGCCUACAGAAGUGGUGAAACUUGAUGGUAAAAUAAAUCAGGUUCUGGUGGACAUGGUGGACCGAGUUGGAAAAAUAAAUGUUGAUGGAAAGAUUAAAGAUUUGUACUUCGAACUGAACAAGUGGUCGUUUGAGACCAUUUGUCUCGUGCUGUAUGGCAAGAGAUUUGGUCUGCUGCAGGAGGAAGUCAACGAGGAAGCCAUGAACUUCAUCACAGCUGUGAAAACGAUGAUGAGCAAAUUUGGUAGGAUGAUGGUCACACCAGUGGAGCUCCACAAGUACUUCAACACCAAAACAUGGCAAGACCACACCGCAGCAUGGGAUCGCAUUUUCAGCAUAGCCAAAGUCUACAUCGACAAGAAGCUGAAGAGGAACGGCGUCAGUGAUCCUGAUGAUUUAAUCGGCGAAAUCCUGCACCAGAGCUCCCUCUCAAAAAAAGAGUUGUACGCAGCAAUCACCGAGCUGCAGAUCGGAGGAGUUGAGACUACCGCCAACAGCAUGCUGUGGGUUAUUUUCAACCUGUCACGUAACCCCGCUGCUCAGAAGAAGCUGCUGCAGGAAAUCAAAGAGGUGGUACCUUCGGGCCAGGACCCCUGUGGAGAGCACAUCAAGAACAUGCCCUACCUUAAGGCCUGCCUCAAGGAGUCUAUGAGGUUGUCACCGUCGGUUCCAUUCACCUGCAGAACUCUGGACAAAGACACUGUGUUGGGAGAUUAUACCAUUCCCAAAGGGACGGUGCUGAUGAUCAACAGCCACGUACUGGGGUCUAAUGAGGAGUAUUUUGAUGAUGGCAAACAUUUCAGACCUGAGCGCUGGCUGCGGGAGAACAACACCAUCAAUCCUUUCGCCCACGUUCCGUUUGGCAUCGGGAAGAGGAUGUGCAUUGGCCGACGGCUGGCAGAGCUGCAGCUGCAGCUGGCCAUGUGCUGGUUGGUCAGAGACUACGAAAUUGUAGCAACCGAUAACGAACCGCUUGACGUGAUUCAUUCAGGGCUUUUGGUCCCCAAAAGAGAACUGCCAGUUGCUUUCAUCAAAAGAUAAAGCUUGAUGUUCAAAACUUGUGGACAUGGAGACAGAAUACAUCUGUUGCCAUGGUCCCAGCUGUCCAGUGACUCCCUGAAUUGCUGCUCUGUACAUAAAAAAGACUGAAAUAAUUAUAACUGUGCCAUAAAUACCUCACUUAUUUAAAACUAAUAUGUAUACAUGUCCAUGCCUGAACAAAUAACCCAGUUGUAAUGUACAAAUUGAAUGUUGUACCAAGGCAGCUGUACUAAAAUCUGUAAAAUGUCAUGUAGAUUUGAAUGUUGAUUGUGUUUAUAUUAUUACUUGUUUAUUAACUUGUGUAAAUAAGUGGGUCUAGCAAAAUGUGUGUAUUUUUUUCAUUGUAUAUAUAAAGUUUUAAUAUAACUGUAUUGUAACAAUGUAUUGUGAAGAAAAUAUUUUAUCCACUUAAAUAAAUAAAUAAAUGUGU